AUGUUCCGUCCCUACAACAAUAACAACAACCCGAUCAUGAUCCCCAGCGACAGCGAAAGCGACGACAGCAACAACAACAAUAACAGCGACGGGGCCGUGCAAAUCGACCAGCCCGCACUUCAACAACGCGAAAUAGGAGGUCCUCGAUACGAAGUUGAUAGAGUCGGGUCAUCAUCUAUGCGCGUCCGCGGCUCAGUCUCACCGUACCAUACGUCCAUCGAGCAAGAAAAGAAAGUCCGCAGUCGACUACGAGAAGAAAGACACGCCGCGUUGUCUGUCCUCAUGGACCGGGAAUUAUUGACUACACAGGCGUUGGUGGCUCAGGAGACCCUCCCUCAAGCCCGUCGUCGCUUCUUAGCUAAGCUCAUGGCUCCGGAGGAUCCUGCCGUAGCGACCUCUCUUCGUGCAGAUCGCUUCAUCAUCCAACAUCGGUCGUCCUCGACGGGGGCGUCGAUGUCGAUGUCAACGACGGCCCCGAUGAUCGUUCAUCGGAGUAUCGUCGAUGUGCAUGGUACUGAUGACUUGGGGUGGCGUCGGCCUGAUGGAGCUGCCGGCAAUGGACGAGGAGGAGGGAGCAGCGCGUCGUCGAAUUUCUCGUCGCCGGCGGCGGGGUCGUCGAAACAAAAGGGCACCAGGAUGACGCCCGAUAAGGAUCGAGCGCGAGGACCGAAAGGGAAGAAUCCGACCACGUCGUCGGGUAGUAGUAGUACUCGUACUCGUCGGGAGUGGGAGAGACGAAGGGGAUGGAGUGGUGCGGAGAGGGAGAAUCGGGUAUUUGAUUUACCUUAUUAG